AUGAGUGUUGGUGGAAAAAGAAAGAGAGAUGAUGCUCCAAGUGAGGUCCGCAUUGCCUCUUACAACAAAGACCCAAACGUGGCUGUUGGUUCCUUUUUCAAUGGUUUCACAGCUUCUGAAGACACUGAAUUCCAACUAUAUCAAAAAAAACAUACAGAUGAUGAGUUUGUGUUCCAUGGUGAAAGUGAAAGAUUAGAUUAUAAUGGUUCAACUUUGGAAGAAGAUAGCAGUGGAUAUGCUGUUGCCGUUUAUGAUCCAGUGAACAAAUCCAUCGAUCUUUAUCAAGCUCCUGUUUUAUUAGGAUCAGUUACAUCAAAAGCUCAUAGAAAAUUGAAAGGACCAGCUGUUAAACAAAACAAUGUUCGUAAUAACAUUCAACGUAAUGCCUUGGGUGAAGCAUUUGGUACCAAAAAAGCUAAGAAAGCCAUUUCAGAUCUUGAAAGAAAUCGUAUUGAUUCUGAUAAAUUGGCUGAUGUUGAAACUGAUAUUGUUGAUACCGUUAAAGCCAGUACAGGCACAUUACCAACCAGAGAAGAACUUACUGAAACUGUUUUGAAUGACAGACCUACCCCGGCAUGUAACGCUGAUGCCACUAAUGUUGAAGACAUUUAUCCAGUUUACAAUAUAAUACCGAAAAGAGAACUUACAUUUAUUCGAGCUGGUCCUAUUUUGAGUGAAACAGACAACACUAAAAGAAUUGAAUUAUUACCAUACAAGAAUUCAGAAAUCAUUGCAAGUCAAUUAGCCACUAUCAACAGUGACAGCCAAUCUCAAAAAUUACAACUCAUCUAUUAUGCAUCAUUAUUAAUAGGUGUUUAUCAACAUAGACGUAUACAUAACAAAGUUGCAUUAACUUCAGAAUUAAACUCACCACCAGAAAUUUUGAUUGAUGGUAUUUUAGAAAGAUUCACCAUCUCUAGACCAGGUCAAUUUGGUCGUUCAAAAGAUCGUGGGUUCACCAUUGAUCCACAUAAUGAAGAUAAACUGUUAUGUUACCUAUUAGCCACUAUUCUCCAUAUCAAUAACUUCAUUGUUGAAGUCAGUCCAUUGGCUCAAGAACUCUCAUUGAAACCAUCUAGAUUAGUUGGUUUGUUCAAAGCAUUAGGGUGUGUCGUUAAAUCUGCCACUGUUGGUGAAGCUGAAGCUUUUGGUAUUCCAAAGUCUCAAGCUGCCUCAUACAAAAUCGCAUCCUUAAAAGUUCCUUUCAAGAUGCCACAAAUGACCAGAAGAGGAAGAAGAACAUGA